AUGUACUCUGAGUGGCGGUCACUCCACUUGGUUAUUCAGAAUGAUCAGGGUCAUACUAGUGUACUUCAUAGCUACCCUGAUAGCGUUGGACGAGAUGUUGCAAAUGCAGUAGUCCGUCCUCUUGGACAAGCCUUAACUGCCUCUUCAGGGGCUGGAAGUGAAAGUUUGUUAAAAACAGACAAAGAAGUAAAAUGGACCAUGGAAGUGAUUUGCUAUGGACUGACCCUUCCAUUGGAUGGCGAUACUGUAAAAUACUGUGUGGAUGUGUAUACAGAUUGGAUUAUGGCCCUAGUAUUACCAAAAGACUCCAUUCCAUUGCCAAUCAUCAAAGAACCCAACCUAUAUGUUCAAAACAUUUUAAAACACCUGCAAAAUCUUUUUGUACCAAGGCAGGAACAGGGGUCCAAUCAGAUUAGACUAUGCUUACAAGUUUUGCGAGCCAUCCAGAAACUAGCCCGUGAAUCAACCAUCAUGGCACGAGAAACAUGGGAAGUUUUAUUAUUAUUUCUCUUGCAGAUUAAUGACAUACUUCUGGCAAUGCCAACUAUUCAAGGUGGCAUUGCUGAGAAUCUAGCAGAGAAGUUGAUUGGUGUUCUUUUUGAGGUCUGGUUACUAGCUUGUAUGCGUUGUUUCCCCACCCCACCUUAUUGGAAAACUGCCAAGGAGAUGGUGGCCAACUGGAGGCAUCACCCAGCUGUGGUGGAGCAGUGGAGCAAAGCUAUUUGUGCACUCACUUCUAGGUUACUACGUUUUACAUAUGGUCCUUCAUUUCCUCCAUUUAAAGUUUCUGAUGAAGAUGCCAGUCUUAUCCCUCCUGAAAUGGAUAAUGAAUGCAUUGCACAGACAUGGUUUCGCUUCUUACAUAUGUUAAGUAAUCCCGUGGAUUUGAGUAAUCCAGCCAUUAUAAGCUCUACUCCCAAAUUUCAGGAACAGUUCCUGAAUGUGAGUGGAAUGACACAAGAAUUGAAUCAAUAUCCCUGCCUUAAACAACUGCCUCACAUAUUUUUUCGUGCCAUGCGUGGAAUCAGCUGCUUGGUGGAUGCAUUCCUAGGUAUUUCUCGGCCUAGAUGUGAUAGUGCUCCACCCACACCAGUGAACAGGUUAAACCUCCCCCAGAGCUCUGCCAGCAGCACAACUCCCCCCCACAAUCGAAGGCAUCGAACAGUUACUGUGAAUAAGGCAACCAUUAAGACUUCCACAGCUAAUGUUGGUCAUGCCUCUAAAGUCCCACACCAGACGUCUUCCACUUCUCCACUGUCUAGUCCCAACCAGACUAGUUCAGAGCCUCGACCGCUGCCUGCUCCAAGAAGGCCUAAAGUGAAUAGCAUCUUGAAUCUUUUUGGAUCGUGGUUAUUUGAUGCAGCAUUUGUUCACUGUAAACUUCACAAUGGGCUAAACAGAGACAGCAGCAUGACUGCUAUGACGACACAAACUAAUGUGGAGUUUCGUCGGAAAGGGUCACAAAUGUCCACAGAAACCAUGACUUCCAGUACCAUGUUUGAUGCAAGUGAAUUUCCUGAUAAUUAUGAAGCAGGAAGAGCUGAGGCUUGUGGGACACUGUGUAGGAUUUUUUGUAGCAAGAAGACUGGAGAAGAGAUUCUGCCAGCUUAUUUAUCCAGAUUUUACAUGCUUUUAAUUCAAGGUUUGCAGAUAACUGAUUAUGUAUGCCACCCUGUCUUGGCCAGCAUUAUUCUAAACUCACCUCCUUUGUUCUGCUGUGACCUGAAAGGGAUUGAUGUUGUGGUUCCUUACUUUAUUUCAGCUCUUGAAACCAUAUUGCCUGAUAGGGAACUCUCAAAAUUCAAAACCUAUGUAAACCCAACAGAGCUGAGAAGAGCCUCUAUUAAUAUCCUACUUUCCUUGUUGCCUCUCCCUCAUCAUUUUGGCAAUGUCAAGUCAGAGGUGGUUCUGGAAGGAAAGUUUAGUAAUGACGACAGCUCUUCAUAUGAUAAACCAAUAACUUUUCUGUCACUGAAAUUGAGGCUUGUGAAUAUUCUAAUAGGUGCCUUGCAAACUGAAACGGACCCCAACAACACUCAGAUGAUAUUAGGUGCAAUGUUAAAUAUUGUUCAAGAUUCAGCACUUUUGGAAGCCAUUGGCUGUCAGAUGGAAAUGAAUGGUGAAGAAAACCUCAAAAGUCAUAGUCGUACUAAUAGCGGCAUUAGUUCAGCAAGUGGAGGAAGCACAGAACCUACAACCCCAGACAGUGAAAGACCUGCCCAGGCUCUUCUAAGGGAUUAUGCUCUUAAUACAGAUACAGCUGCUGGACUCCUGAUUCGCAGCAUUCAUCUUGUAACCCAAAGACUCAAUUCUCAGUGGCGUCAGGACAUGAGCAUAUCAUUGGCUGCAUUAGAACUUCUUUCUGGACUGGCAAAGGUAAAGGUGAUAGUCGACUCAGCAGACCAAAAGAGAGCCAUUAGUUCAAUAUGCAGUUACAUUGUGUACCAGUGUAGUCGGCCAGCCCCAUUUCACUCCAGAGAUCUUCACUCCAUGAUUGUUGCAGCUUUUCAGUGUCUUUGUGUCUGGCUGACAGAGCAUCCUGACAUGCUUGAUGAAAAGGAUUGCUUAAAAGAGGUACUAGAGAUUGUGGAAUUGGGUAUCUCAGGAAGCAAGUCCAGGAGUAGUGAACAAGAGGUCAAAUACAAAGGAGAUAAGGAGCCAAACCCUGCAUCGAUGAGGGUAAAGGAUGCAGCUGACGCUACCCUUACAUGCAUCAUGCAGUUACUUGGUGCAUUCCCUUCACCCAGUGGUCCUGCCUCUCCCUGUAGCCUGGUGAAUGAAACUACUUUGAUCAAAUGCUCCAGGCUGCCUACUUUAAACAGACACAGUUUCCGGUACUUUGUCUUGGAUAAUAGUGUCAUCCUUGCAAUGCUGGAGCAACCCCUAGGGAAUGAGCAGAAUGAUUCUUUCCCAUCAGUCACUGUUUUGGUCCGUGGAAUGUCUGGAAGGCUUGCUUGGAUACAACAGCUUUCCCUUUUACCAAGAGGGGCAAAAGCAAACCAGAAGCUUUUUGUGCCAGAAUCUCGUCCUCUUCCUAAAAAUGAUGUUGGAAUUAAAUAUACAGUGAAGCAUCGACCAUUUCCUGAAGAAGUGGACAAAAUUCCUUUUGUCAAAGCAGAUCUGAGCAUUCCUGACUUACAUGAAAUUGUAAAUGAGGAAUUAGAAGAGACACAUGAAAAAUUGAGGAAUGGCAUGGCCCAGCAGAUCUCUUAUGAAAUAUCCAUCGAGCAGCAAAGUGAAGAGGAGUGGCGAAAGAAAAGCUUCCCUGAUCCCAUUACUGACUGUAAACCCCCACCUCCUGCCCAGGAAUUCCAAACAGCACGACUUUUUCUUUCACACUUUGGGUUUUUGUCAUUAGAGGCAUUAAAGGAACCUGCAAAUAGUCGUCUACCUCCUCACCUUAUUGCACUUGACUCAACGAUAUCUGGAUUUUUUGAUGACCUUGGCUACCUGGAUCUCUUGCCAUGUCGCCCCUUUGAUACAGUUUUUAUUUUCUACAUGAAAGCAUUCCAGAAAACAAGUCAAGAGAUUCUGAAGAAUGCUGAGUCUUCCAAAAAUGUUCAGCCACAUUUCUUAGAAUUUUUAUUGUCUCUUGGCUGGUCAGUGGAUAUAGGCAAACACCCUGGUUGGACCGGACAUAUUUCAACAAGUUGGCCUAUUAACAGUUACAAUGAUACAGAUGUACCUGAACAAGAGGAAAUAGUUCAAUGUGAAGAUACCGGAGCAAGUAUUUUCAAUGGACAGAAGAAGGUCUUGUAUUAUGCUGAUGCCCUCACAGAAGUGGCUUUUGUUGUUCCUUCACCUGUGGAAUCUUUAACUGAUUCACUGGAAAGCAACAUCUCAGACCCAGAAAGUGAUUCAAAUAUGGACCUUCUACCUGGAAUACUCAAACAGCCAGCACUUACACUUGAACUUUUCCCUAAUCAUACAGACAAUCUUAAUUCCUCACAGAAGUUAAGCCCUACUUCCCGCCUAAAGAAGUUGCCUCAGGGCCGGACUCUUCCACCAUUAGGACCUGAGACCAAGGUCUCUGUUGUCUGGGUUGAACGUUAUGAUGAUAUAGAAAACUUUCCCCUUUCUGACCUGAUGUCAGAGAUCAGCACUGGUGUAGAAAUGACCUUAAACAGUAGCACUUCUCUGAGAACCACCACUGUUGAAAAAGAAGUUCCUGUCAUUUUCAUCCAUCCUCUAAAAACUGGAUUAUUCAGAAUAAAAAUUCAAGGAGCUACUGGAAAGUUUAACAUGGUCAUCCCACUGGUAGAUGGAAUGAUUGUCAGCAGGAGAGCACUUGGUUUCUUAGUGAGGCAGACGGUAAUAAACAUUUGUAGAAGAAAGAGGCUAGAAAGUGAUUCCUACAAUCCUCCCCAUGUGCGACGAAAACAGAAAAUUGCAGAUAUUGUGAAUAAAUACAGAAAUAAGCAGCUGGAGCCAGAAUUUUAUACUUCACUUUUCCAGGAGGUUGGACUCAAGAAUUGCAAUUCUUAAAACCAGUCCUCCAAAGACAAUGAUUAGAUCAGAAAUUGGUGGCUACCAGAGGGAACCAUGGAAAUGUUACUAGUAUUGACUGGAGGAAAAAAUAUCACCACCAAAAAAAAAAGAAGAAGAAGAAGAAGAAGAAAAGCUUAUCUUUCAAUCACCGAAACAGAAGAGACACCAUUAUAAGUACAACUUACCUAAGAAGAUUUUCUGCUUUCUGGUGAGAGGAGGUCUCCCAAACACAAUCAUAAACCCCUCAGCGGGGUGGUAUAAAUUUUAUCCAAUACAACUUUCUUUUUUAAAGUGACAGUUUUACUUAAAUAGUACAUUUUGGGAGAAACUGUAAACAGCUCUGAUAAAAUGCGUUCAUCGAGAGAGGGGGAAUAGCAUAACACGGGUUAUAAACUAGCAUUUGGACAUAAUUUCACACAGCUCACUUUUCCAGGAGGUUCAGUACAAAAUUGGUUCCUCUCCUAGAAUCUCCAAAGACUGAUUCCCCAAAUCCAGAAUUGCUUGUGCUGGAGAGAAAAGCAAGAAGAAUUCUAACCUCUUAUUCUACCAUCAGCUUUACAGAAAGAAAAAUCCAUACAUAUCUCUUGUGCAGAUUUUUUUUAAGUCUGACUUUCAAAUAUUCAUUUUCAUGUAUCGAAAAGAUAACAAAUAUGUCCAUGUCACCCUCAUUCUACUCAUUUUUACAGAACAUCUGUCUAAGAACAACCACUGGUUACCACAGAAGGAAACCAUCAGUAGCAUAUCCAGAGUAGGGAUCCUACUUUCUACAUUCCUGGCAGUGGAGAAAAACACCAAGUGAAAAAUUACAUAAAAUCAAUGAAGCAGUCACUCAACCUGUGCCCAGUUCAGUGUAGCAGAAAGAAGAAAGGUGUUUGUAAAAACACUGGGAAAGGAGAAUUGAAAUGUUACAAAAUUACUUGUUGGUUUCAAUAAAUUUCAGCUCACAACUACUGUUGAAAAUGA